ACCCUCCAAGGAAUAUGGGGGGUAAAAAGCUACCUCAGGCCCACUAACAACUUAAUCCAGUCAUGUGGACCUUUGCAUUUCUAUAAAUCAGUCCCUCCAGGAAGUUGCAAUGUUGUGAUUGGAACAGUUAAGACAAAUUUUAACCAAUCCCAAUGAAUUCUGUGCGACUUUGCAAUUUUGUCCAAUCACUGCAACUUUUCCGCAAAUUUGAGCGAUUAUUGUAGUCUCCUGAGAGUUUCACCAAUCAUAGCAGUCCCCUUGCAAAAUGUUGAACCAUACGUCACCCAGCUGCUAGCGAUUCUAUUCUCACUGGAACAAGUUGCCUUCUAUUUUUAUGAACUACUACACUACUAAAAUGUCUCUUAGGUUGACACAGAGGCCACAAUUUGACCAAUCGUAGUUUCCUGCACAAAACGUCGAGCCAUACGUCACCAAACUCACUUCUUCGUUUCUAGUUGUAUAGAUGCAGACAUGUCUCACAUUCACCCUCCCACUGGAACAAGGUGCCUUCUAUUUUAAAACAAUUAUACAAGAAAAAACCGCAACUAUCCCAAAAAAAGCCCACAAAGUCCUGGAGGGACUUAUAUAUGCAGUCCAUGCAAGUACCAAAUCCAGUUUAUUAGGAUGAAGGAUGAAGGAUGAAGGUGAAGGCUGCUGUGAAGAUAAUCAGUGAUGCUCAGGUGUAAGAACGUUCAGAAAUAAGGUAAUUUCCUGCUACUGGGAAACCUCUAAUGGAAAUAAAAACAGCAGCAACAUGAAAUACCUGUGUGUUACUCACUGGGACAACAGCACACACACAAACACAGCUCCAUACUAUUGAUGUUCCUUGCUACAGAUCACGGUUGUGACGUCAGACAGUGUUUUUGAGCUGUUUUUGAGGAUCUAGUAAACAGGAGUCCUGCCAGGCCUCACAGGGAGCGGGAUCGAACCCGUUACUGCUGCUGAUGGGGGAUAAAAGCAGCCUGGAACAUUGCUCCGAGCCACACACACACAUGCUGCGACUGGUCCGGCUGCUCUCACCGUAGCAGAUAUGAAGAUAACAGUCACAGUGGUCUGGACGUGUACUUUAGUCGUCUCCCUGUUGGAAGAGUGCUGUCAUGCACAGAAGCUGAACGUCCAUUGGGGUCCUCAGUCCAUGAUGUACCUGAAGGGCAAACAUGGCAGGAGGUUUGUGACAGAGGAUGACAGCAGUGUUUUGAAGCAGGGUCUGCAGGGCUUGUAUGCAGUGCUCAGAGGCAUCCAGAAGCAGUCGUGGGGGUUCAGUAAACCUGGUCACAUCGUGCGCUCAGAUAAAGUCCUCAUCCACUACCUCCAGGAGAGAUGAGACACACUGACUAUCUGCAUGUGAACUAAACUAAGAAUUCACUGAGAACACGUCCAAAACAACAGACUCCAGAUCAGAUCCAGCUUCACAGACACUGUACAACCAGACCAUCAGCCAGUUAUCAUGCAAGCUCUGGUUCUGUUGUUACAGUACAUGAAUAAAUAUAAAUAUUUAACUCAGUUAGACAGUUUCUUCAGUGAA